AUGGGGCUGGGGUUCCUGAGCGCUGCAGUGUUGUUUGUGGGGAGCUUUGUCUUAUACGCAGAGCACUGCUCGGUCUCAGAAAGGAGCAGGCGCGGCCCCUCUCAGGAACAGGCCAGUGGUCCGGGGCGGCCUGAGGCCAUGCAUGGGAGGCUCAGGAGGCAGAAGGGGCUCCUGGCCCAGAAAAAGGAAGGGUGGGCCGCAGAGGGCAAUUGUGGAAUAGCACCGCUUGGGGAUGUGUUCAAAGGGUCUCGGAUUAUAGGGGGCACGGAUGCUCAAAUUGGUGCAUGGCCUUGGAUAGUUAGCCUGCAGAUUCAAUAUGGCAGAAUUCUUGCUCAUAUAUGUGGGGGAAGCUUAGUGAAAAAUAAUUGGGUCCUCACAGCUGCCCACUGCAUUAAGGACUCGAGUGAUCCUUUAAUAUGGAGAGCUGUGCUUGGAACUAAUAAUAUACAUGGGAGUCAUCCAUACACCAAGAUUAUAAAAGUUAAAGCAAUCAUCAUACAUCCAAAGUUCAAUGUGGAAUCGUACGUAAAUGAUGUUGCACUUUUUCAUUUAAAAAAAGCAGUGAAGUAUAAUGACUAUAUUCAGCCUAUUUGUCUACCUUUUGAUGUUUUCCAAACUCUGGAUGGAAACACAAAGUGCUUUAUAGGUGGCUGGGGAAGAACAAAAGAACAAGGUAAUCUUACCAGCAUGUUACAGGAAGCGGAAGUACAUUAUAUUUCUCAAAAAAUUUGUAAUUCUGAGACGAGUUAUGGUGAUAUAAUUCCUGAAACUUCAUUUUGUGCAGGUGAUGAAGAUGGAAUUUUCGAUACUUGCAGGGGUGAUAGUGGUGGACCAUUAAUGUGCUACUUACCAGAACAUAAACGAUUUUUUGUAAUGGGAAUUACCAGUUACGGAUAUGGCUGUGGUCGGAAAAAUUUUCCUGGUGUCUAUAGUGGGCCGUCCUUCUACAAAAAGUGGCUGACAGAUCACCUCUACCACAAAAGCAAUAAAGGCAUAUUUAAUAUAUAUAUUCUACUUGGACAGGUCCUCGUAGCCUUAGGUUCUGUUGUCUUACUAACUACUCCGUAAAGAAGUUCUAAGCAAUCUUUAUUUUUCAUCACGUCCCUUUUCAUGUUCUGUGUAAUGAAAAUCAUUUAUUCUUUGGGCAAGUAAUUGCCUACUUUAGAGUUCUUAUGUGAACAUUUUUUGGAAUAAAAAGAUUGUGACACAGUAGAUAUGUGAUUGUAAAUUUGGCACUGACUCACAAGC